ACGGGAUCAAAUUUCAGCGUCACAGCUGGGGACUGGUUUCGAGGUCCCUGAUGGGAGAGCAUGAGCAGGUGGUAUGUGCGACCCUCUUCUGGCUGGCCUACCCCGGGACACUGACUACUCUGUGCCCUGCUACUGCUCAUCUCCCUCACCCUCCAACUCGUGUUUGCUUGCUAACGGGAAGUGUGACAAGUACUGGGGCGCUUCCUCAGACAAGAUCUUGGACUAUACAAUUCACUGGCCCAGGACCCCAGAAUCAGAGACCUUGGGGUCACUUGCUUCAGAGAACACAGUGACGAGUACAGACUGGAGGACAGAGAGGAACUCGGGGCCUCGGUCGCAUGGGUCCCCUCGCUUCCCCAACCCAGACUCACAGGAGCGCUGUAAUGACCAGGACCUUGUGAAGAAGCAUCAGAGCAUCGCUAAGAAGCCGUUAGAGACCAGUUCUUCCAAAGUCAAAGUUAAGUCCGCCAUGAUGAUUUCUGACACCCAGAAGCUCCUGCAAUGCGAACUGGAGUCACUCAAGAGCCAGCUACAGGCCCAGACCAAGGCUUUCGAGUUCCUAAACCACUCAGUGACCAUGUUGGAGAAGGAGAGCUGCCUGCAGCAAAUCAAGAUCCAACAGCUUGAAGAGGUGCUGAGCCCCACAAGCCACCAGACAGAGAAGGAGGGACACAAGUGGGGCGUGGAGCAGGGACAGCAGGAGCUGUACGGGGCUCUGGCGCAAGGCCUGCAGGGGCUGCAGAAGACCCUGCGCGACAGUGAGGAGGUGCAGCGGGCCCGCACCACCCGCUGCCUGCAGCUGCUUGCCCAGGAGAUCCGGGAUAGCAAGAAGUUCCUGUGGGAGGAGCUGGAGCUGGUACGGGAGGAGGUGGCCUUCAUCUAUCAGAAGCUCCAGGCCCAGGAGGAGGAGAUCACCGAGAACCUGGUUAACAUCCAAAAGAUGCAGAAGACCCAGGUGAAGUGCCGCAAGGUCCUGACCAAGAUGAAGCAGCAGGAGUGUGAGACAUCCAACUGGCCAGAGACAGAGGAGAUGCCACCAGGAGGCAAUGGCUCCUGGAGGAAUGACCUCCAGAAGGAGCUGAGUGACAUAUGGUCUGCUGUGCAUGUGCUGCAGAACUCCUUUGAUGGCCUCACCAUGUCCUCAGGGGUCCGCCCCAAGGCUGCGAGCCUUAGGGGCUACAAGGGGCACCGAUGCCUGAACCCUCUGCUCUCCUCCUGGGACUCAGACUCUGACUCUGACCAGGACCCUACCCAGCCACCAUUCAACAAGAGCCGCUCCUUCCCACCUGCCUGAGCAGCUGGGACUGCUCUCCCCGAAGACCCUUCCAGAGAGAAAAUAAACUAGCCAAGACCCUCCUCCA